ACCGCUAAACUGAAUUGAUAUAAAAGUGAAGCUAAUAACUUCAGUAGAGUUCUUGCCGGCAUUGGUGAUUGGUUGGAAAGCUAAAUAAUUUAUUGGAAACAUUUUUAAAGGACAAAAUGCAGAAGCAACUGAUAUUGGGAAUAUUCGUCCUUGUGUACAUGAAUGUAGUGUCUGGUCAAAGGGUUAAUUUGGGCCCAUGUCCACGUAAUAUAAAAACUGUGCAGAACUUUGAUAUUGAAGCGUACCUGGGCACUUGGUACGAGUAUUCCAAAUAUCCUUUCGCCUACGAAAUUGAUGGUCGUUGUGUCAAACAUGAUUAUGAAACUCUAUCUGAAAAUAAGAUUUCUGUACUCGCUACACAAUUCUCAUCACUCAAUGUUCAGACAUCCACAGAUGGCGUUGCCAAAAUUGUAGGUCCUGGCAAACUCUCUGUACGCUUUAAUGGUCUUGCAGCUCUUCUUGGUCUCACUGAUUACUGGGUUUUGGCUACCGAUUAUGAGAACUAUGCUGUCGUCUACAGCUGUAAAAAUCUGGCUGAUGCACACGCAAAGAACGUCUGGAUUCUAACACGUGAAAGUGAUCCAGCUGAAGACGUUGUUACUGAUGCUGAGGAUGUACUUAUUAGCAAUGGCCUAUCUCUAGAUCCUUUGAUCGUAACCGAUCAAACUGAUUGCGAAUAAGAGGAAAAA